GCAGAGCCCCCCCAGAAGCCGCCCUACAGCUACAUCGCGCUCAUAGCCAUGGCGAUCCAGGACGCGCCCGAGCAGAGGGUCACCCUCAACGGCAUCUACCAGUUCAUCAUGGACCGCUUCCCCUUCUACCACGACAACAGGCAGGGCUGGCAGAACAGCAUCCGCCACAACCUCUCGCUCAACGACUGCUUCGUCAAGGUGCCCCGCGAGAAAGGGCGGCCGGGCAAGGGCAGCUACUGGACGCUGGACCCGCGCUGCCUGGAUAUGUUCGAGAACGGCAACUACCGUCGCCGGAAGAGGAAGCCCAAGCCGGGCGCCGGGGCCCCGGAGACCUCCUGCCGCAGCUCUCCGAGGAGCUCCGACAAGUCCAAGAGCUUCAGCAUAGAUAGCAUCCUGGCGGGACGGCAGGGCCAGAAGCCGGCGGCAGGGGCCGAGCUCCUGGGGGGUGCCAAGCAGGAUCCGGGCGGCUGUUUGGGGACCUCGCUGCUGGCCGCCUCCACUAGUCUCUGUCCGCCUUUCAACGCUUCGCUAAUGCUGGACCCGCACGUCCAGGGCGGCUUCUACCAGCUCGGGAUCCCUUUCCUCUCCUACUUCCCUCUGCAGCUCCCCGACGCCGUGCUUCAUUUCCAGUGAGGCGCCCAGCGGAGCCGCUCCUCCCCUGUCUGCCUUGGUCUGGGCUUCUCCCGAGUCACCAUGGCUCCUGCUGCUGGGGGAAGGAGUCUUAAAAAACAACAACAACAAACAUCUUUUCCUCGCGGCGGUGUGGA